CUCCCUACGAGAGUUAAGGCUUUCUUCCCAAGCCUUAACCACUACACGCCGCUUGCCUCUUUCUCUGAUCAAGCACGUGCAGGGCUGAGCUCUCCAAUGUUUGACAUUGAGUCAGCCAACAUCGCCGAGGGAGAUUCGCGAGCGGGACUGGACGAACAGGGAACGCAGGAGGUGCUGGACAUCAUGCGUGCCCAACGGGUCAAUUUCGACCAAGCAAGAUUGAUUCGCCAUAAUCAAAUCCUCGCUCGUAAUGGGAUCGAUCCAUCAGGCAUGCCCCUUGAUUCAAAGGCCAUUACGAGGCUGUGA